AAUGUUUCUGUCCAUGGGGCCGGCUUGAGUGUGGUGUUAAAGCCCCAGGGAGGCCAAGUGGCAGCUCUUCAGGAAUCAGGAGUAGGAAACUAAGCACAAGAUGGGACAUGGAGACUUUACUGUGGAAGUUAGCUCAGACCGAGUGUCAGAACCUCAACUCCAUGAGGAGCUUGACUUCUCCAAUGGCCUGGUUCCUCUUUUCCAUUCCUUCCUGUUCCCCCCGCCCCAAACUGGUAUCGUUAUGAUUGUACGAUGGUCCUGGGUGCACUCUGCACCUGCGAUUCUCCCUUUGCAGGUCUUGCUGGACAUCUUGCUGCACACUCAGGGCAGUUUCUGUUACUGCCCCUCAACCCUAGCUGGAAUCGGAAUAAUUUGCUGCUGCCUUUGUUUCUUGUUCAGAACCUAUUUUACAGAAAGGGGACACUCAUCUUCUGAGGACAGGAAAAGAUUUUCAGAAAACAUUUAUAUUAACAUGAACCUCAAAAAUAAGUUCGAUUCCUCAGAUAUCAAUGCAGACUCUCCUCCAGCUCCUCAAAACAAGAUCAUGUCUCUUAAAGGUAGCUAUAGAUUUGCCAAGAUCAUCCUCACCGCGUUCAUAAUAUUUUUUCUGCUGUCGAAAAUCAUACUCUCCAUUGCUCUGCUCACUUUGUUUAAAAAAUAUUCUCAGCUUUUUGAAGAUAAUGCAAUCAUAAAAGAACUGAAUUUUACAGGAUUGGAGUGUACAAAACGGCAUUCACUCUUGAAAGACAAAGUCUGGAGCUGUUGCCCAAAGGACUGGAAGCCAUUUAGUUCCCACUGCUACUUCAUUUCCACUGACUCGGCAUCUUGGAGCAAGAGUCAGAAGAAGUGCUCCAGCAUGGGUGCUCGUCUGAUGGUGACCCGCAGCCGGGAAGAGCAGGAUUUCAUCACUAAGAUCCUGAGACGUGAUGCUGCUUAUUUUAUUGGGCUUUCAGAUCCAGGACAUCGACAGUGGCAAUGGGUUGAUCAGACGCCAUACAAUGAAAGCGCCACGUUCUGGCACCCAGGAGAGCCCAACAAUGACCACGAACAAUGUGUUAUAUUAAUUCAUCCACGUUCUAGGUGGGGCUGGUAUGACAUCCCUUGCAGUCAUGAACAGAAAUCAAUUUGUCAGAUGAAGAAAAUAUACUUAUAAGUCAAGAAUUCUCCAUGGACGAGGUGCUGCAUUUUAUCUACUAUUACAAAGACACUUGGAAAGUUCUUCUGUGGAAGAGAUGUCCACAUAAUUUUAUGUAGGCAGCCAACAGUAAUACAUGUGAUAAUACUGAUCCACAAAUAUACUUGUUUAUUCAUUUAUUCAUUCAUUACUCUUAUAUAAUGAGAAUAUCCUACAUGCCAGAGACUAUACAGGAUCCCCUGGGUGCAUAUGUGAAAUCACUUCAGCUUCUCUGUCCAUUCUUAGAUUCCUAGAGUCUUAUUUGACAACAGAAUUGCAUGAUGUGGUCCCUCUACCCAUCUCUCUCUCUAUUGACUCCUCUGUCUUUGGAUUUACUGAUAUAUAAUUGACAAAUAAAUCAUGCAUACUUACAUUACACUA